AAAGUUUUUCGUUGAAAAGUAUUCGUUACUGAAAUGUAUUUCCGUUGAUCAACAUCACGCAAUUGGAACGAGUUACGCUGGAAAAUCAUUGCUUAAAGUGUUGACAACAGUUUGUGAGGUUAUGUUAUUUUCGUCGAACCGUAGAUUUGGCAAUUUCUCGUAAAAAGCACGUGGAGGAAACAGCCCGGCUUUCGUGCACGUCAUUCUUAGAACGCGCGAUUAAUAGUUGUAUCUAUAACAAACACAGGCCUACACGAUUGUCCCAUAUUUUUUUCGUUGGACUAACGGAGAAUCAUAAAUCCACUUGCCUUCUACGAAAUCUAAGGAAGAAAGAUGGGUCGAACAGUGACGGUAGCAGUUUGCACGUUGAAUCAGUGGGCGAUGGAUUUCGAUGGAAAUUCCAGAAGAAUUUUGCAGAGCAUCCAAGAAGCUAAAGACGCUGGAGCAACUUACAGAAGCGGUCCAGAAUUGGAAAUUUGUGGCUACAGCUGCGAGGACCAUUUCUACGAGCCAGACACGUUGCUUCACAGCUGGGAGGUGCUCGCGACUCUCCUCAAGUCUCCGAUCGCCGAGGACAUGCUGAUCGACGUUGGUAUGCCGGUCAUGCACAAGAAUGUCACUUACAAUUGCAGGGUAGCCUUUCUGAAUCGACGAAUUCUGCUCAUCAGACCGAAGAUGCAAUUGUGCGAGGACGGCAAUUACAGGGAAACCAGAUGGUUCUCUCCAUGGACCAAGGAACGCACGGUCGAGGACUACUUUCUGCCGAGAAUGAUAUCUCAGAUCACCGGGCAGACGGUGGUGCCUUUUGGCGAUGCUGUUAUUUCUACCAGAGACACGUGCGUGGGUUUUGAAAUUUGCGAGGAACUAUGGAACCCGAUGAGCAAUCACAUUCCUAUGUCCUUGGACGGUGUUGAAAUUAUUGCAAACGGCAGCGGCUCCUACUUCGAGCUGAGGAAAGGAUACGUCACCGUGGACCUGGUUAAAUCAGCUACGUUCAAGUCAGGGGGCUGUUACAUGUUCAGUAAUUUAAGGGGUUGCGACGGUUCGAGAUUGUACUUCAACGGGGGAUCGUGUGUUACCUUGAACGGUCAGAUCUUGAAUCGUGGUAAACAGUUUGCUUUGGACGAUGUCGAGGUGGUUGUGGCGACGUUUGAUCUGGAGAAUAUAAGGAGUUACAGAAAUAAUAUCAGGUCACGAUCACACGCAGCUGCUAGAUCGCCGAGUUAUCCACGUGUUAAGGUGGACUUUGCCCUAACUUCGGAAAGUCUGAUUUCAACCCCUCCGGAUAGACCGAUCGAUAUAGACUUAGGACCUUACGAAAGCGAGAAUGUAACGGGCAAGCUUGUCUAUCACACUCCAGAGGAAGAAAUUUCGAUGGCUCCUGCUUGCUGGCUCUGGGAUUAUCUUAGGCGUUCUUGUCAAGGAGGAUUCUUUUUACCCUUGAGCGGUGGCGUCGACUCAGCAUCUUCAGCUUGUAUGGUUUAUUCCAUGUGCGACAUGAUCGUGGAUUCGGUUAACAAAGGAGACGCACAGGUAUUGUCAGAUAUCAGGAAAAUAGUCGGUGACUGCGAGUACGUGCCGACUGAUCCUAAACAACUCUGCAAUACCAUUCUUGUCACGUGCUACAUGGGUACUGAAAACUCAUCUGCUGAAACGAAGGCACGAGCUACCGAACUCGCCGGUCAAAUUGGCUCGUAUCAUCAUAGUAUAGUGAUCGACGUUGCUGUGUCCGCUAUUUUAACUAUUUUCCAACAAGUUACAAAGCUGAUGCCGAGAUUCAAAGUGCAAGGAGGAUCUCCGAGAGAAAGUUUAGCUCUGCAAAACAUACAAGCUCGCUUGAGAAUGGUGAUAGCUUAUUUGUUUGCUCAACUGAUGCUGUGGGUUAGAGGACGACCGGGUGGUCUUCUUGUGCUAGGAAGCAGUAACGUUGACGAAGCUCUUCGAGGAUACUUCACUAAAUACGAUUGCAGUAGCGCCGACAUCAACCCCAUAGGCGGAAUUGCCAAGAACGACUUGAAAGCGUUCCUCAGUUAUUUUAGGAAGAAACACGGGAUAAGCGCUUUAGAUGGUAUCUUGGAUGCUCCUCCAACUGCGGAAUUGGAGCCCCUUCAAGGAGGACAACUUUCACAGCUUGAUGAAGUUGAUAUGGGCAUGACAUAUAAGGAACUGGGUACUUUUGGACGUUUGAGAAAGCAAGACUGCGCCGGUCCUUUCACAAUGUUUUGUAGACUUGUCCACAUGUGGGAUAAGUGUACUCCGAAAGAAGUGGCAGAUAAGGUGAAACACUUCUACAGAUGCUAUGCUAUAAAUCGACAUAAAAUGACUAUUCUGACACCAUCCUGUCACGCGGAGACUUACAGCCCCGACGACAAUAGAUUCGAUCAUCGUCCUUUUCUGUACAAUCACACGUGGAAAUGGCAGUUCAAUGCAAUCGACGAACAGGUGAAACGUCUUCUAAACGACGAGAAGUCACCGGGAGGUCGAAAGGAUGCGCCGAAGGUACCUGUGAAGCCCAGAUACGUACCAUUCAGCUCCGUGAUCAGUAAUAAAGCACAUCCUGGAGUAGUAGUUUAACCGUAGCAGUAGCUCUCUGUGUCUCUUAUCAUUUUGACAUUGCAGCCUUGCUAGUGCAUCGACGCGCAAGCUUGUUAGCUGAUUGUACGCGCGACCAAAGGAUCUAUUGUUUCAUUGGCGCCAUUUCUCCUUUGAGAAGUCACUCCACGAAGAAGCUUCGGCUACGUUUUGUCGCCAAGAGACUCGUGAC